GAUAAAUUUCAUGACUUUAUUCCUGAGUGAAAACUUCAAGAUAAUGUAAUAAAUUCGUUGACUUUACCAUCUUUCUUCAAACCUUUCUCCUCUUCUCAUUCGAUUCGAUUUUUUCUCUCAAAUUCUCUCUCGUCCGACAAUUAUCACUCCGACCAACCGACGGAGAUACUCUUCUCGACGAUGGCUUCCUCGUUCGUACCAGAACUUGCAAGAUCUCCGAUGUCUCUUCCUCUCCCUACUCCUCCUGUGACAAAGUUCAAGAUUGGGUUGUGUCAGCUCUCUGUUACAGCUGACAAGGAGAGGAACAUUGCUAACGCGAAGAACGCCAUUGAAAACGCUGCUUCAAAUGGAGCUCAGCUUGUUCUCUUACCUGAGUUCUGGAAUUACCCUUAUUCCAGUGAUUCUUUCCCCAUUUGUGCGGAGGAAAUUGAUGCUAAUGGAGAUUUGUCUCCUUCAACAGCAAUGCUUUCUGAAGUUUCCAACCGUCUCAAGAUUACCAUUGUGGGUGGCUCUAUACCCGAAAGAUGCGGGAAUCGCUUGUACAACACUUGUUGUGUCUUCGGUUCUGAUGGAAAGCUUAUAGCCAAACAUCGAAAGCUGCAUCUGUUUGAUGUAGACAUUCCAGGGGAAAACACAUUCAUGGAAUCAGAGACCGUAUCAGCGGGGGAGACACCAACUGUCGUGGACACAGAUGUUGGGCGUAUUGGUAUAGGCAUCUGUCACGACAUCCGCUUUCCCGAAUUGGCUAUGAUAUAUGCCGCUAGAGGUGCUCAUUUGUUGUGCUACCCUGGAGCCUUUAACAUGACAACGGGUGCAUUGCUCUGGGAAUUGGUGCAAAGGGCAUGUGCUGCCGAUAAUCAGUUGUAUGUCGCUACUUGUUCGCCUGCCCGAGACACGGAAGCUGUAUACACUGCUUGGGGCCAUUCCACCCUUUCAGGACCCUUUGGAGAAGUUCUGGCUACAACGGGGCAUGAGGAGGACAUCGUCAUAGGCGAGAUUGAUUACUCUAUCCUCGAACAGAGACGGAGAAGUCUCCCACUGGCGAAGCAACGAAGAGGAGAUCUCUAUCGGUUGGUCGACAUCCAGAGGAAGAACUCACAGUAGAAUGCUGCAGGAAGAAACACAUCUAAAACAAAGGUUGCUUUUCUUAAGAUCUUAUCAUAUGUUUACAGGUGAUUGCUCUUUGGUUUCCAUUGACUUCAGAAAACGAUCGAUGCUGAUUGAAAUUCCCUGCGGAAAUUCCCUGAUGGUUUGGUUUGGUCUUUCUGUGUAUGUGUAUACUUGAAGUAGUUACCAGUACCAUCAUCAGUUGAAGAAGAGUUACAACUGUUGUGCUUCUGGUUCAUGUUCAUGUCUGUUUUUGUUA